AUGAGCACAGUUAUUUCAGUCAACGAAAAAGGAGCUAUCAAGAGAGAUUCUAUGGAAUAUAUUGUCCGAUCUGGCAUAGCAGGUGGAAUAUCUGGCUCCUGUGCCAAAUCAUUAAUAGCUCCCUUAGAUAGAAUAAAGAUAUUAUUCCAAACUUCAAACCCUCAUUAUGCAAAAUAUUCAGGGUCUCUCCACGGGUUGGUCAAGGCAGCAAAACAUAUAUGGACCCAGGAUGGUGUUCUUGGUUUAUUCCAAGGUCAUUCAAUUACAUUAGCAAGAAUUUUCCCUUAUGCCGCAAUGAAAUUCGUAGCUUAUGAACAAAUCAGAAGUAUCCUAAUUCCUAGUAAACAAUACGAAACACAUUGGAGGAGAAUGAUGAGUGGCUCGUUAUCAGGGCUAUGUAGUGUAUUUAUUACUUAUCCAUUGGAUUUAAUUCGUGUGAGAUUGGCUUACGUAACUGAGCAUCAUCAUGUUAAGGUAAGAUUUGUAAUAAAACAAAUUUAUCAUGAGCCUGCAUCAACAACAUUGCUAUCAAAAGGAUAUAUACCGACUUGGUUUGCUCAUUGGUGUAAUUUUUAUCGAGGCUACACUCCUUCUGUAUUAGGCAUGAUUCCAUAUGCAGGUGUAUCAUUUUUUGCACAUGAUUUUUUGCAUGACAUAUUUAAAUUACCAUAUUUAAGACCAUAUUCUGUUGUUCCAUUAUCCGCUGAGCAAGAUAAAGAAAGAAGAAAGAAACGUCAAAAACUGCCACUAAGAACGUGGGCUGAAUUAAUAUCCGGUGGGCUAGCUGGUAUAGCGUCACAAACUGCAGCUUAUCCUUUUGAAAUAAUUAGAAGAAGAUUACAAGUGAGUAGUUUAUCAACUAGAAAUAUGUAUUCUCACAAAUUUGAAACAAUACCUCAAAUAGCUAGAAUAAUAUAUAAAGAACGUGGAUGGAGAGGCUUUUUUGUUGGAUUGAGUAUAGGUUACAUAAAAGUUACACCGAUGGUUGCAUGUAGUUUUUUCGUUUAUGAAAGAAUGAAAUGGUACUUGGGUAUUUAA